GUCACACAAGUCAUAACAGGAAUUUGAAAGUCUCUGAGUACCAGAUAUUGGAAUAAUUAUUUUCAGUUAUUUAUGAGCGCUUACGUUCAAAUUACUUGAGUUGGCGUAAUGGAGGAAGUAUAUAUUUUAUCAUUAGACAUUGGAACAAGUACUAUUAGAUCUGUGAUUUAUAACGCUAGAACUGAAAUUGUGGGCAAUGCCUUCAAUCAGGUAGUUUUGCAUUACCCGGAACCUGGGUAUGUAGAAAUUGAUCCAGAAGAACUAUGGGUAUCUAUUACAGAUGCAGUAAAGAAAUCUUUACAAGAUGCCAGUCUCUCCGCGGGUCAAAUAACAGCAAUGGGCAUUUCGACCCAGCGUAGCACGUUUAUCACAUGGUCCCGCAAGAAUGGUCAACCCUUUCACAGAUUCUGUACAUGGAAGGAUUUACGGGCUGACAAACUAGUCAAGGAAUGGAAUAAUUCGUAUACAUGGAAGUUUAUCAAAGUAGGAGCUUACAUAUUGCAUAUGGUAUCAAGAAGUAAGCGGUUUAAAGCAGGAAGUGUUUUUAAAUUCUCAAACAAUCAGACCACAUUAAGAUUGUUCUGGGCGUUAAAUAACGUCCAAUCAUUGAAGACUGCGGUGGAGAGCGGCGAUGCGAUGUUCGGUACAUUGGAUACCUGGCUAUUGUACAAGUUAACAGGUAACAAGUUGCAUAUGACUGACGUGUCGUCCGCAUCUGCGACGGGUUUCUUCGACCCCUUCACAAUGCAGUGGGCCAGCUGGGCCAUGUCCAUAUUCGGUAUUCCGAUGUCAGCGCUCCCAGAAGUCGUUGAUACCGCGGGAGACCACUUCACAAGUACUGAACCGGAUAUCUUUGGAUGUGCAAUACCUAUUAGAUGUUGUAUAGCGGACCAAACAGCGUCAAUGUGGGGCUCGUGCUGCUUCGAGGCGGGCGCGGCGAAGCUGACGCUGGGCACGGGCACGUUCUGCAACGUGAACACGGGGCGCGCGCCGCACGCCGCGCUGGCGGGCCUCUACCCCGUGCUCGGCUGGCGGCUGGGCCCCGAGCUGGUGUACGCGGUGGAGGGCGCCAACAACGACACCGCCACCCUUAUCAAGUGGGCACAGAGUAUAGAUCUGUUCGAUAACCCUGCAGAUACAGCGGACAUAGCGAUGUCAGUUUCGGACACAGACGGCGUUUACUUUGUACCGGCUUUCAGCGGGUUGGGGCCGCCGUAUAACGACUGCACGGCGGGCACGGGGUUCGUAGGCAUCAAGCCGUCCACCAGCAAGGCGCAUCUCGUGCGCGCGGUGCUGGAGGCGCUCGCCUUCCGCACGCUGCAGCUCGUCAACUGCGUGCGCUCCGAGACCGCCUACAGCCUACAUACUAUACGAGUGGACGGUGGCGUUGCCAACAACGAGUUUGUGGCGCAGCUGGUGUCGGACCUGACGGGGCUGCGCGUGGAGCGCGCCGCGCACGUCGAGAUGUCCUCGCUGGGCUGUGCGCACAUCGUCGGACUGCAUUUAGGUAUAUUCAAAUCAAAGGACGAGAUUAUAUCGUUACGGAAAAUCGGUAAAGUUUUCAUACCAAGGGCUCAUGUGAAAAAAAGUUACGAAUACACAUUCUCUCGUUGGGAGGAUGCUGUGAAAAGAUUGUGCGGUUGGUACACUGAGACCAAAACGCAAAAUGUCUGCGAUAACGUUAUAAAUAACAAGAUGGCGGAACAAAAUGGCGGCUACAGUAAAUAACGCUGGCUGUUUGUGCUGGCAAUAUUAAUUUGCUUGCCAUUAUUUAGAUGACAUUUAUACUUAUUCCUUGGGUAUAAAGACAUUUAAGGUGACGGUUAAAAAGUUUUUUAUCUGUGGUAGUGUUUAAGUAAUAUUUGUACCUGGUUUUGCUCUCUUUUUACAAAAGACUAAUGUCAAAGAUUUUUUUUUAUAGAUAUUAAUGUAAAUUAGGUAAUUUGAAGUUUAUAAUAUUCAGAUUGGUACACUAUGACUUCGAUCUUUCCCUGAACUUGCUCUAGAUUGUAAAGAUUUUGAGUUUAUGUAUUCAUUACACAUUUUUGGACGAAAUUCGAAGUUAUAGAUGUUAAAAUAUCUUUAUUUAUUCCUGUUUUCAUAGAUUUUCAUUCAUGUAUUUAAUUGUUGAUUUUUGUAAUGCAAUUUUAAGUAUUCAUAAGUUGCUAGGAUUACAAAGGGUCAAUUUAUUUCUAAGUGUAGCGUACUAUGUUAUAAAAUAUGUAAAUGAUAAUUUUAAAUGUAUGCGAAAGAGGCAUAUGCUUCAAUAUUACGGAGUUGCUCAAUUUGAGAAUUGAAAUCAUGUUUAUUGUUUAAAUGCUAUGGAAUUAUGUAUUUUAUGUACAAUUUAUUUAUUACUUUGUUAUUUUUAUUACUUAGGGGGAGUCCAUAAAUUACGUAAGGUGUUUAAGGGGGGGAGGGGGUCGAGUCAAAUC